GCACGUCAUGCUAAGGAAGUGCGGACCUUCGAAGCAAAUACACUGUUGGCACUAGCCACAUUUUUACCUUGCUGUAUCGCAAGAAAAGUGAAUAUCAGUCUUCCGUAUUACAUGUAACCUAGAAAACCGAAGCCUACCCGCGGUCUGACAAUGGGAGCGAACAACAGCACCCGCCGGGUGUCAUUUGAGUCAGAUGAGAACGACAAUAUAACAGUGGUGAAGGGCAUAAGGCUUUCUGAGAAUGUCAUCAAGCGCAUGAGGGAACCCGCAGAUCCUCCAAAACAACAACAACAACAUGCUCCCACAUCACCACCCUCCAUGGCGUCCGCUUCCCUCCUGAGGCCAGUUCCUCCCCUGUUUGACCCGAUCACCUCCUUGCCUCCUCCCCCUCCACUCGUAGAACCCGUUGCUCCUCCUCCUCCUUCUCCUCCUCCUCCUCCGGCUCCACCUGCCACAGAGACACCUCCUCCUCCUCCUCAACCUCAGCCUCCUACAGAACAGCCCACAGGGGUACCAGUCCCUGAGCCAGUAGCAAAGUCCAGUCCAGUCCCGCCUCCCGCUGCUCCUCAAGCAGUGAAUGAGGAGGCCCUGAGGAAGAAGAUCACUGAUGAGCUGUAUAAAGGCUUGGAGCAAGACAGGGCCAAGGCGGAGCAGGAGCUGCAAGCCUGGCUCCAGUCGGAGAAGGCCAGGUCAUCAGCUCAGGCUCAGGCUAAGGCUCGGUCCCAAGUCCAGGAUGAAGUGGCCAGGAUCCUGUCUUUGGAGCGGGCCAUUUCCCAAGAGAGCCUCCACCAGUCUCUUACGAAGGAGAGGAUCGUCACCGAGGAUGAGAAGCGCCGUGUUCAGCUUUAUGCGAAGCAGCUGGAGGCCAGGGAAGCUGAGCUAAAGAAGCAGGACGCUUUCUACAGAGACCAGGUGGCCCGGCUGGAGGAGCGGAGUGCGCAGUUCUACAAGAGCACCACCGAGAGCUACCAUAAAGCUGCAGACCAAGUGAACGCCAAAUUCAAGAGGUACGAGGUGUAUCCUGUGUGUGCAGACCUUCAGGGCCAGAUCCUCGCAUGCUACAAAGAAAACGCUGGGAAAACCCUGAACUGCUCCAACAUAGCGGCUCUUUACAUGCAGUGUGUCAACGAAGCCAAACAGAACAAGUUGAGGACCGGAGGUUAAGGAGGAGGGAAGGACGAAAGAAGGAAGCAAUGAAGAGUUUAUCGUGGGCGAGUGAUGAUUAUCGAAUAACUGACAGGCAGAUUAACAUGUGGAGUGGAAGAAGGGAGGAAUGAGUCAGCACCAAGACAACACACCCUCAAAACCCUGUGGUGACCCGAACCCGAACCGAACACAGCACCCUAGGAGAGUAUUAGACACCUCGACUCCUCCCCCACCUCUUUUCCCCUUCCUCUGUUUCUCCCAUGAGUUGGGACGGGAGGUGGCGCUGUUUGACAUUUUGGAGACACAGCAGGGACGGACGGGACCCACCGAGCCUGAGCUUGGCCCUCUGGAAGGACGAUAAGGAUUUACCGGGACCACCUCAAAAAAAAAAGACAGCCACCUCUUUCACAAGUCACUUUGACCCAUCCUCACUAACUCCAACACUGUUAGAAAUGUAAAAGUCUAUUUUUACUGAUAGAAAUCAGUCCUAUUCCUGUAAUUCAUUGUUUUCCUUUUCCAAAAAUCCAUCAUCCACACACACACGUACGUGUCCUGUCUUCAAUUUGUGUUACUCUGUGUGAUGUUAAUAAUGUAACUAUAUGCGUGUUGAGUAUUCAUCCAGACCGACACUUGUGACAACGUAUGAUCAGAGGAAAUAAAAGACGGAACGACACAGGAACUGUUGUUGAACUGUUCUCAAUAAAUAUUCAGUGGACACCGUC